AAAAGAAGCGCGCAUAUAAAGUAAACAAAUCACUAUUGUCAAAUUGGCAACGUCAGAAGAAGCAAGCCUGUCGUAGAAACGCGGCGAUAAAGUUUUAUUUUGCUUUAAAUUAGACUUCUUUUACGAGCGAUUUGUACUUCCAGAAGCAAAAUGCAGUUUAACACACUGGCAAGACUGUUGUACAGUCCACGUUUGCUGCUUUCCUCGUGGCAAACUGGUCAACUUGCAUCGACACAAUGUUCCGGUUUGCAUAUCACGACUUCCCUAAACUUUGCCGAAACUGUCCCGGUAAAACCCAAACGUCCCGUCAACCCUUACAUAAGAUACGUGCAGGGUGUUCGAUCUUCACUGGCCAGCGCUAAUCCAAAAGCUUCCCCGACGGAAAUAUCGAAGCUAGCCGCAGUCAAGUGGCAUUCGCUCGAUCAGGCCUCCAAGACAAAGUACGAGGAGGAGUACAAACGCGAACAGGCGGUUUGGCUGCAGAAGAAUGCAAAGUAUCUCAGCCAGCUAACCGACGUUCAGAAGGAGGAGAUCAAGCUCGAACGACAGCAGCGCAAUGAAGAAAAAAUCAAACGCGAACAAAAACGCCUGCUGAAGGAAUUGGGUCGUCCGAAACGGCCAAUGAAUGGAUUUUUUCUGUUCUGUCUACAAAACAAACCCAUUCACAAACUGUCGAAGGAGGACAAUCAAAUGCAUAUGAAAAAUCUAGGUCUACAAUGGAAACGGUUGUCCGAUGCGGAAAAAGAACCUUACAACAAGGAAGCCGAAGACGGUAUGAAGCGAUACCAGGAGGAGAUGAAGAAAUGGGAGGACAAAAUGAUGUCGUCGGAAAAUGUGGAAGCGGUUCGGAAGAAGAACGUUCUGCUACCACCAUCGCGAGCAUCUUCGAUGGCGAAGAAGGGUGGUAUUCCGAUGCUCGAAAGUAACCCAACCGCUGCUCGGAAGCAGAAAAAAUCACCAACCUCCACCACGGCUCGUCCAUAGGAAUUCGGGUGUCCCGCUUUGACUGGGGAUAGCAUUAGUAGUAGCGGUAAUAGCAGCAACGAGCAUGCAUUCAACCAUGCUACAAGUACCAUCGAAAACAAGGAGGUCGAACCAAAGCAAAACAUUGUAUCGAAUGACCAAAACCAUCCUCAGGCGAGUAGGGACACGAGUGAACGAUCCUUUCCACCGUCGGCAUCCACCAAGGUUUCCUCACAGGAAUCACAGCAGCAAGCUGAACAGAAGGGUAUAGUGAACAAGCUGAAAUCGAUCUUUAAAUUCUGACACUGGUUGCGGUGCAUGGAAGACCGGGCUUUGUUGCUAGCCUUGUCGUACUGGUUUUACGUGUGCCCAUGUUAAACCAAUCCAUGUUCCUGUUGCCGCAACCUUUGUUUGAUUGCAUUUUGUUUUUCU